AUGCCCUCCUACUUUUAUCACAUCACUCUCGAACUCUUAUCCCACCAACAGAGCACUGCGGCUGCGCAUACCGGAAACGAAGACACGGACAUAAGCUGUGCCCUUGAACAGUACGCCCUGACGCUAAAAGCGCUGCGUGAAUCUAUACGGCCGUUUCGAAGGAAGAAGUGGAAGACCAAGACGGAAUCAGGCGUCGGCAAGGUGCAUGCGCAGCGGACAAGAACAUACCACGACACCGAGCUCGGCGCGCAACUUGCCUCCACCUUCUUACAAGACACCUACGCGCACACCGACGAACGAAUCGACUCAUUAUCCAUCCAGGGCGUCGACAUGGUCCAUAACGAAAUAACAAAGGGCAUCGGCUCAAACGUGAUAAGCGGCCUAGCUACCAAGGGCAAAUACGUUCCUCUCGACCUAGGCUUGACAGAUAGCGUGUAUGGAAUCGUCCAUUUAUACCGUGAUGCGGAGGAAUCACCUUCCCUGAGCCAGGGGGACCAUCAUGACCAGGACCUGUUCUACCUCCAGGGAUCAGGAUCCUCAGCUACGGCGAGGAAAUCGAUGGGAACGGCGCAGUCGAGCAGGAGCGGCGUAGCGGCGUCGUCGUCGUCGUUGUCGUCGUAUGCUGCUACCUCCGUGCCUCGUGCGGCGUGUGAGGACGGCGUAUCGUUGGAGGAUUGCACGACGUUAUGCAUUUUAGCUGUGCCGUCGUAUUUGUCUCCGUCGGACUUUUUGGGGUAUGUAGGUGAGCAGACGAGGGAGGAAGUUAGUCAUUUUCGAAUGAUCAGGACCGCGCGUGCGAAUAGGUAUAUGGUUUUAAUGAAGUUUCGGAGCGGCAAGAAGGCGAAGGAGUGGCAGCAGUGUUGGAAUGGGAAGUUAUAUAAUAGUAUGGAGCCUGAAGCGUGCCAUGUGGUGUUUGUGAAAGACGUGGAGAUACAGAUUGGCUCUUCUGGAGCUGAGUCGAAGUUCCCUGAUAUGAAGAAUGAUCCGUUUACUUUCUCGGAUGCACAGUCCGGACACCUUGGUUCCUCCACGAUGUCAACUAAGCCCCUGGCGCCGCCGACGCCUUCGCUGAUAGAGCUGCCUACAUGUCCUGUCUGUCUUGAACGCAUGGACGAAACUUCAGGCCUUCUGACGAUCCUCUGCCAGCAUGUCUUCCACUGUACCUGUCUACAGAGAUGGAAAGGCAGCGGCUGUCCGGUUUGUCGAUAUACACAGGAUGAUCUGGGGAAACGCAACGUCAACUUAGCUGUGGACGAGUGUCCGAGUGAAUGUAGCGUCUGUCAUUCAGAGGCCAACCUCUGGAUCUGUUUGAUAUGCGGCAACAUUGGAUGCGGACGUUACGACGGCGCUCACGCAUUCGACCACUACAAGCAGACCUCCCACUCGUUCGCCAUGGACAUCGCCUCCCAGCGUGUCUGGGAUUAUCUGGGAGACGGCUACGUACAUCGUAUCAUCCAGGGUAAAUCCGAUGGUAAACUCCUCGAGCUUCCAGCAAGGGGCGAUAGCGCCUUAGAUCCUCCGGACUGGAGCGACGCCGUACCCAGAGAGAAGUUCGAAAACAUCAGCGUAGAAUAUACCCACCUACUCACCAGCCAGCUCGAGAGCCAACGCGUCUACUUUGAAGAACAGGUUGAGCGUGCGGCUGAUAAAGCCUCCCAGGCCAGCGCAAGUGCCAUCUCUGCCCAGGAAGCAGCAGACCGCCUGGCCAAAAGUAUGGAUAAUCUACAAGCUCGGUAUGAUAGCCUGACUCAAGAGACUAUCCCGUCCCUUGAGCGUGACAAGGCCCGCGCCGAGCGUCGGGCAGAGAAGUUCGAAUCCAUGUCUCGAACAAUGGAGAAGCAAUGGCGUGAAGAAAAGACGAUAAACACAAGCUUAAUGGAACGUGUCGCAUUCCUUGACGCAGAGGUGAAUAAAUUAAAAGCUGCCAAUGAAGAUUUGGCAGAGCAGAAUCGGGAUCUCACCUUUUUCAUCAGCGGGACUGAACGACUCAAGGACCAGGGUGAAGAUAUCGUGGAGGGAACACUCAGCGUUCCAGACCCGCCUACCUCGAGCUCAAAGCGAAAGGGGAAACGCAAGGCAAAAAAAUGA